AGUCAGUAACGCCCGCGAGCUGAGGUGGGUGGGUGCCCGGGCCGGGCUUUUUGGCUUGGGCUACGUACCUACCUAGUACUGCUGGCCGUCUGUCGCUCGCCCAUUGAGAUUGGAUUGCAGGUUGGGUUCGAAGUUCGUGCGUGCCAGGGUUGGCAGGCAGGCAGGAAGAUCCUUUUGCACCUCCCGUCCUGCCCUCCUGUCUGUCACCUCACUCGACCCAAGCUUCUCUCGCCCUCCCACUCUUCCUCCCCUCCCCUUCGCCCUUUCGCGGCAUCGAGCCCGACCCCUUCGCCUCGUCUCCAUGGCGCUGCUGCUGCCCUGAGACGUGUCCACCUCUUCGGCGGCCAAGCUGGAUUCCACGAGCCAACGCACGCUUCCCUGGCUGGAAUCAUGUUCUCCUCGCUGCUGCGCCGCCCGAGCCACGGCCCCCGUCGCGUCGACCUGCGCGAGUCGAGCCUGUCACCCUCGUCCCGUCCCGGUGCCCGUCGACGCUACGUCGGACGCACGCAUGCCACGGCCGACUUCACCGAGGCCGACGACGACGACGACGAAGACUCGAAUGAGGAACGUGGCCUUCGCUUCGACCACGGCGCCGACGAUGAUGCGCAGGACGAGGACGGCGACGGUGAUGGCGACGGCGCCGACGCAGACGAGGACGGCAGGACGGGCAAGGCGUUGCCCGUCUUGCCACUCUUCUCUGCCACGCAUCUUGACUCGCUGCCCAUCUACAACAUCACGCACGCUAUCCGCAUCAUAGUCUCGGCGCGCACCGAGACGACGCUCACCUGGGAGCAGCUGCGCUCGCCCCAGGUCUCGCAGUUCCUCGUCAAGCCCAUGCAGCAGCAGAUACGCACCCAGCACUUCUCCCGCGCGACCCUGUACGCCCUCAUGGCCAACUGCCUCCAGUUCACAAAGGAGGGCCAGCGCUACGCCGCCAACGCCGGCAUCAGCAAUACCCGCUCCAAGGUCUGCGAGCUGCUCGCGCUCAAACUGCUCAAGGAAUACACCACGAGGGAGCUCAUCGAUGCCCUGGCCUACGACUUUUAUCCCCUGCAGGGGCUCCCGGGAGCGCAGUCCCCCAUCCCCGUCGGCGGCCGCCCCAACUCCAAGUCCAAGCAGGCCAUGACGGUGUCGAGGACCUCCACGCUCGAGGUUGCCAUUCGCGCCUCCGCCAAGCACUUCCUCGCACAUCCCGUCGUCAUCCAGCAGCUCGAGGCCGUGUGGAAUGGUGCCAUCACCUUUUACUCGGCAGCGGAUAGCCUGCACCGCGAGGCCCCGCCCGGUUCCAUCCAAGGCAUCAACGGCGAUGCUCGCCAGUCCAACGAUCGGACCCCGCUGCUUGGAUCCCUUCCACCUAAGCCGGGACGUUUCCACGUGCCCCCCGGAAGAAGGACCGUGAUGCUGUACGACCCCCGCCAGGCCUCCAUGCUCAAGCUGUCGCGCCUGCGUGUCCCCCGGUAUAGGUCGUUUCUUUCUACCGUGUCCCUCGCAGUCUUGAUCGGACUCUUCCUGGCGGUCCUCUCGCAGAGAUCGGUGCAAAUCACGGGCCUCGAGCUCGUCUUCUGGUUCUGGAGUGCCGGGUUCAUGCUGGACGAACUCGUUGGGUUCAACGAGCAGGGUUUCGCGCUCUACAUUAUGAGCUUCUGGAACAUCUUUGACCUGGGGAUCCUGGUUCUGCUCAUCGCCUACUACUGCAUGCGCGCCUAUGGCGUCUUCCUGGUUGACCCGCACCACUGGAACGACAUGGCGUACGAUGUCCUGGCCGCCAACGCCAUUCUUCUCCUGCCGCGCAUCUUUAGCAUCCUGGACCACUACCAAUACUUCUCUCAGCUCCUGAUUGCGUUCCGUCUCAUGGCCGUGGACUUGGCUGCCGUGUUUGUGCUGGUUCUCAUCAUGUGCAGCGGAUUCUAUGUCUUCUUCACCCUGUCGCAGAGCGCCAACAGCGGCGGCGACGUCGCCUACAAGAUCUUUCAGAUUCUCAUGGGCUUCACUCCCGCCGCGUGGGACGUGUGGCCGCAGUACAACUGGCUUGCUCGCAUUCUGAUGAUGAUGUUUCUCAUUAUUUGUCACUUCUUGGUCGUGACAAUUCUCAUCACCGUUUUGACCAACUCUUUCAUGACCAUAGCGUCAAAUGCCACCGAGGAACACCAGUUCUUAUUUGCAAUCAACACCAUCUCCAUGGUCAAGAAUGAUGCGCUGUUUUCGUACAUUGCUCCCAGCAACAUCUUUGCCUGGCUUCUGAUGCCCCUGCGGUACUUUAUGCCCUUGAGACACUUUGUCUGGCUCAACCGCACCAUCAUAAAGGUCACGCACUUCCCCGUCCUCUUCUUCAUCUACUUGUAUGAGAGGUUUUGGCUGGCGCCGUCCAUGUUCGAGCCCACGGACCUGGUCGAGAACCAUGGGAGAAGCCGCCCGAGAACGAUCUCGUUCCGUGACCCAGUCGAGAGGACGGCCAUGUUCAGCCCCAACGUUCGGGUGCGGGAGGAGUCUGUGGCGGGCUUCCACAAGGACCGGGCCUUGGAAGAAGUCUUUCGGCGUAUGCCCGAAGCAUCUACUCUACGAACCCAGCGGCGGAACGAGCGACGCAAGACGCAGACGGCUAUUCGCAACUGGAUGGACCAGCACGACGACGAUGGAAUGCCGCUUUCAAACUGGCCGACGGUGGAUAGCAGAGCGGUGCCGGACUGGCAGAAGCGCCUGAGCGUGGCGUGGGACCGAUCGUCGCACCGGCAGGUGUCGGAUGUCAGAUCAACAGCGAGCGAUCCCGCCGACCUGCUCUCGAACCAAGGGGCGUCGUUUGCGCGCCGCCGGUCCAACUUGGACGUCGUGAUACCGGAUUACAAGGAUCACACGGACGCGGACGGCGACGACGAGCUGGUGACGAACGACGAAGACGAGGACGAUGCUGUGACCAACGCCGACCGCAGCAACCAAUUCGAGAAGCACGGCAUCGAGGAAGAAGACUACUUCACGACACCAAUGGCGGCGCGGUCGGCCAAGCUGGCCUCGUCGCACGACUCGUCGGCCAAGGGAGUCCCCAGCCCACGCCAGGGCAACAGGCGUGGGAUGCACGGCCGCACGCUGUCAACAAAUACUAUCCUCUACAACCCAGAGGAGAUGACCCAAGCCGCCGUGCCGGCCGCCACAAAAUCACCGCCAAAGACCGCCCCAGUGAAGAAGCUCGGGCCGAGCGGCCGAGGCACCGGCGGCGCAGCGUCGCCUGUCCAGGCGAGCCGUCGGACCUCGCCUCGACGAACGGCACAGAUCCCCAGCUCGCACCCGCGUCCAAUUCUCGCACCGCCCGGUCUCUCGCAGACUGGCGGCGGCGUGAGCAGGACGGCGAUGCUCAGCCUCGACCCGCGCGACCGCCUGCGCGACGCGAGGAGACUCUCGUCGAUCGACCUAAGCGUUCUCUCAGACCAGUUCGCCCCGGAAGACGCCAAUGCCGGGAUGGCGGGGAGUUUCCAGACACAGAUGGCCAUGGCGAUGAUGAAGGACAACCGACUGCGUGCGGCGGGCGGGGUGGAUGUCGCUGACCGUGAUAGGAUGGGAAGGCUGGUUCUGGCUCGCAUGAAGACGCUGGAGGAGAGCUUCGCCGACGUCAUCAAGGAGAUGCGAGACCUCAAGAACAGCUCGACGGGCCCGCACACGACGCGCAACUCGUCGGCGGAAGAGGCUCGGGCGACGGGCAUCGACAGCGGCGACUACGACCGGUCGCGGAGGACCAAGGGCGAGGGGACGCCCAGGAGACCGCACCCGAGCCGGCCGGUCAGCCGACGGAGCAUGAAGGAAGGCAAAGUCGGCAUGGGCGCGCGGCGAGAGGCCCGGACCAAGGGCAAGGAGAUUGUCUACGCGACUACGGACGACGAAGGGGAGGUGGACGACGGCAUGGGAGCCAAGGGGAGCUCCAUGUAAUGGGAGGGGGUAAUGAUGGGGAUUGACUGCAUUGACAGGCGUUGGGGUCCGCGAAGCAUAUAUAUACCUACCAUCCCUUGAGCGGUUUGUAAGGUUUAUUGGGUGGCGAUGAGGCGUACGGUGGCGGGAAGAAUGAUUGCGCAUGUCAGGGCACGGCAUUGUUCCAGGUUGGUUGCGGCCAGGAUCGGCAAGAGUGAGAAAAGAACAAGAACCGGAUUGCAUUGCAUUGAAUGAAUUGCGCGUGUCCUUGAAGCCAGGUGCUGUUCUGUAGAAUGACACUAGGACGAGGUUCACAGUACGGAGGAAGUCGAAGUACAGAUUGAUGAUGACUUUGGAGCCUCACAAGAAUCCACAACAAGCGGCAGGC